GUUUGCAACACGCCAUUUAACCCACUGAAGAAGAAGAAAGAAAUAGGCGCUACAUGUUGGCGGCAGCGUGUUUUUUUUGAGUGGUAGUAUACUGAUCUGAGGUCCAAACUAGUUUUUCAUAAAUUAUUCCUCUCAACUGUCAACAUGGUGAAGCUGACAGCAGAGUUAAUCGAGCAGGCAGCGCAGUACACGAAUCCUGUUCGGGACAGAGAGUUAGAUCUGCGUGGUUACAAGAUCCCUGUCCUGGAGAACCUGGGAGCCACACUCGAUCAGUUUGAUACUAUUGAUUUCUCUGAAAAUGAGAUCAGGAAACUGGAUGGAUUUCCACUGCUGAAAAGACUCAAAACACUCAUGAUGAACAAUAACAGGAUCUGCCGAAUUGGAGAGAACCUGGAGCAAUCUUUACCAAAUCUGAAGGAGCUUGUUCUUACAAGUAACAAUAUUCAAGAGUUGGGUGAUUUGGAUCCUCUUUCUACAGUGAAAUCGCUGACCCUGCUCAGUCUUCUCCGGAAUCCAGUAACCAACAAGAAGCAUUACAGAUUAUAUGUCAUCAACAAAAUCCCACAGAUCUGUGUUCUGGACUUUCAAAAGGUCAAACUGAAGGAACGUCAGGAGGCUGAAAAAAUGUUCAAAGGCAAACAAGGUGCUCAGCUUGCAAAGGAUAUUGCCAAGCGAACAAAAACGUUCACUCCAGGAGCUGGGCUUCAGCCUGAGAAGAAAAUGGGACCUUCUGCUGCAGAUGUCGAAGCCAUCAAGAAUGCUAUUGCUAAUGCCACAUCGCUGGCUGAAGUGGAGCGGUUGAAGGGACUUCUUCAGUCCGGACAAAUACCAGGAAGAGAGAUGAGAUCAGAUGCAGCUAACAUGGCUGAAGAAGAGGAGGACAUCCAAGAGGGAAUGCUGGAAUCCUUCCCAAUGUAUGACAUGCAUGGCAUGGGAGAGGAAGGAGAUAACGGAGAAGACGAUAACAUGCAGGAAGACAUGCAUGUUAAUGGAUCAUAGUUAUUUUAGUUUAUUGAUGUUUAAGAAUCAUUGAUGCCUGAUGUUUUUGACGUUAUGUGGGGCACAGUACUUGUUUUGAUGUGUAAUUUUUUUUGUAAAUCAAAGUACUUUAAAAUUUUGUGUUUUAAUGAACAAUGAUUUGAAGUUAUAUCUGAACCUGGGCCAAUAAUUAAAAACAUAUACAUCAAAAGCUGAAUAAUAACCAGUUAAUCCUGUCGUGAAAAUUAUCCUAAUAAAGAAAACUCGAGGUC